CCGCCCGUCAGAGCCCCCGGAGGCCACCCACUCACGACGGCCCCCGGGGCCCAGGACGCCCCAUGAGGCCCCGGGGGCGCGUGGGCGGCAGCGUCGCCGGGUGACCCCCGGGAGGCUCGGGCCUGGGCGAUGGCUACCCGGGGGCGCGGGAGAACGCCGGCCGUCGUGGGCGCCCACGCUCGACGGCAGUUGCGGGGCGACCGGGAGCCCGCGGAGCCGCAGCCCCCACCCCCAUCCCCACGCCCCGCUCAUGUCGCCCGGCUCCGCGGCCGCCCGCGGGCCCCGCCGGCCGCCCCUCGGCGGCCGCCCGCUGCCCGCCCUGUCCUCCCGCUGCAGGAAGGCCGAGCCGGAGGAGGCGUCCGCCCAGCCGUUCGCCGCGCGCGCGGAGGCGCCGGGGCCGCGAGGCGGCUGCGCGUUGGGAGACGACGCCGGGGACGACGCGCGGGCCCGCGACGGGGCGGGGAUUUUAAGGACACAGAGGAGCAAAAUGGGGAGAAGAAAUGGUGAGAACUAUGGCACCAGCCUGCGUGUGUCAAACAUCUCUCAUGAGAAUUUAUCUCACUGGAAUUUGGAUUCAGAAGUACCUGUUCCUGAGAAUAAAAACCUCCCACCUGGAAGGGAUAGUGCAGCAGGUGAACCAUUUGGAAAUUCCAGUAGAGCAACUGAUGCUAGAACUUAAUUUGUCAGAGCAUGCUCACAAAAGAACACAGAAUAGUAAACAAAGGACAUUUCAGUUAUGGAGUUAUCCUCUUAAAGAAGGAAGUACCAUGGACAACAGGGAUUUCAAAAAACCUUCAAUGGAAAUUGGCUUUAAUACAACCAACAAUCCCAUAAGGCUCUUCACUCUGAACCACUCACUAACAAGUGCUCCAGCUGAUAAGCAAGUUGGUUCUUACUCUGAACUGCUGACGCCAUUAGGUCUCUGCUGGCCCUAUGCUGAUGGAGAUUUUUUUAAGGACAGAAAUGACUCUCUUAAUAAUUUAUGUUCAACUAUAGAAAACAACAAUGGUGAAACUUUAUCUGCUCCAACUUGGAAUUUGAAAUAUAGAAACAGCAGUGUAGAAGAAAAUUUAACAGAUGAAAGUGAUUUAUCAGAAAAUGAAAAAGCAAAUGAUACUUUACUCAGCUGUUUUAAAAAGAUGGACCUGAACUUAAAGCCAGAAACAAUAGAAAAUGUUGAAGAAUCUUUCACAGAAGAACCAAGUGAAGUAUUUCCAUAUCCUGAUUUUCUCCCUCCUCCUUUCAAUACUCUGGACUUGCACAAAUUAGCCCUCUCAAAAUCUGAAAAUUGGAAAGCAACAGUGGAAUCUCCAGAAAGCUGUAUUGAACCUUUGAUAACUCGUUUAUUAGAAAUGGAACGAUUACAACAUACUACUAUACAAAAAGAGAGGCCAAGAGUACAAACUACCUUCUGUACUCCAGCAGUUACUGAACGACCCUUUUCCUCUAAAACUAUACCCAAAAUGAGACAGCCAAAACUUUCUGACUCUGUAAGUCUUCAGACAACUUGUGUAGAUAAAACUAGAGAAAAAAGGAAAAAGAAUUCUGCUUCUUGCAAGCUUGAACAAAAUGCUUCACAGUGGAAUUGGAGCAGUGCUGGCAAAUAUAAAUGGAAUUCUAGACCACCAUCACUAAAAAGUUCAUCCACAACAAAACAAUUGGUGGCAACUUAUGAUGACUUUAAAAAUCCCCAAAGCUCCAUUUUAAAUCCAUGCCAAGAACUCUCAACCAAUGCUACUACUGCCCAGUCAACUCAAUCACUGGUUAAAGUGGUCUCAACAAGACCCUGUCUGCCACCAAGGUCUCUAAUACCAGUUUCACCUAUACCUCUGUCUUUUUCUGAAAAUCAGAGGGAAGAAAUGAAGGCACCAAGGACCAAAAAGAAACUUUACCGAAAACAUAUAGCAUUGAACAGGCCAUUCUAUAUUCAGAAUCUAAACUGUCUAUCACCUUCAUUUAGAGCUAAGGGUAAGUGCUCACCCAUUGAGCAAAAAUGACAUUUCCCCCCAUACAUCUCUAUAUGAGCAAAUCUUUCAAGAAGCCCAGCUAAAAUAUGGUUCAUCAUUUCGAGAUGCAGGUAUUAAACACACACACACAGUACUUGAUGUGAUAUUGAGCAGAACCUGUGGAAAUCACUGCUGGGAUCGGUGACGUAUCAACCCAAGGUGACGUAUUGGACAAUCUUUUGCAUGUUGUUUCAAAAUGUUUCGCUUAGUAAACUAUUCUACUCAAAAGAUUGUUCUUUUGUUGUGAUUGUUUCCCAGUAUAAUUCCAUCAAUAAAUUGCAUAAUUGA